AUGGCCAACUAUCUCGCCUCUAUCUUCGGUACGGAACAGGACAAGGUCAACUGUUCGUUCUACUACAAGAUCGGCGCAUGCAGACACGGCGACAGAUGUUCUCGGAAGCAUGUCAAGCCUUCGUACUCACAGACUAUCCUGAUGCCAAACAUGUACCAGAACCCGGCGUACGACCCGAAGAACAAGAUGAACCCCAGCCAGCUCCAGAACCACUUCGAUGCUUUCUACGAGGAUGUAUGGUGUGAAAUGUGCAAGUACGGAGAGAUAGAGGAAUUGGUAGUGUGUGACAACAACAAUGAUCAUCUAAUCGGCAACGUCUAUGCCCGAUUCAAGUACGAAGAAGAUGCGCAAAAGGCCUGUGACGCUUUGAAUUCCCGCUGGUAUGCAGCUCGACCGAUAUAUUGUGAACUAUCGCCGGUCACGGAUUUCCGAGAAGCAUGCUGUCGAUUAAAUAGUGGCGAAGGCUGUGUGCGUGGCGGAUUCUGCAAUUUCAUUCACCGAAAGGACCCUAGCAAUGAGCUCGACCGUGAACUGCGCCUGAGCACGAAGAAAUGGCUGAAGGAGCGCGGCAGGGACGCCCGCAGUGUUAGUCGCAGUCCCAGCCCGGAGCCGACGAGGCGGAGAUAUUAG